UUGUUCGCUUGAGAGCAUACAAUCCUCCAUACAUUCUCUGUAAUUUCAUUGAAAUCGGGCAUAAAAGUAGUCGUUUAAAAGGUAGAACUGUUCGCCGCAUCACAGGUGCAGGACUCGAAAUUGGUAAAUCGACUAUCCUCCCAUCAAAUUGGCCAAUAAAAUAGGCAGUAGCGCCUUCCAAUCUUGUUCCCCAAGAUAUAACAUUUUAUGUAGUUAUGCCUAGUUCAGUAACCAUUAUUGUUGUCUUUAAGAUACAGACUGAAGCAAGGAAAACGGUGCGCUCCGCAAGAACAACUUCUCUCCGUUCGUCCGUUCUCCAUUUUGUUUUUAAACGGCUCCACGGCUUUAUUCUGGGAUAGACACAGGGGAAUCAUAAAGUCUUUCUAAAAUAAAUUUUUAUUUUAUUUGCGCAUAUAUAUAUUUUUUCAACCUCAGCAAGACUGCCGCACUUCCAUUAUCAUUGGACGUAUCAAAUCAGAGAUGCCCCUUGCAUGUUUAAAUACCGCUAAUACUACUUUUAUUUGGAAUUUUAGUUAACCUGAUUAAAAACUUCUAGUGUAACAACAAAAGGGAAGCCCCUGUGCUGGCCGGAAUCUCGUUUGUAUUUGUGAUACCGCUGUUAUUCCUCGCUGUUAUUCCUAGCAAAAUGUGAGCCCAGAGAAACCGCUGGCUAAUGUCCCUUAUUUCUGGGAAUGGUACUACCAUGUUUUCCCAACUUGAUCGCUGACAGUCUUGUCCUAUAAAAGCUCACGCCGGCAAGACGAAGCUUAACACGGAGCUUGGUAGCAGGUAUUCCCAGGAUCUUGUUUGGAGACCAUAGAGACUGAUCCACACCGCCAGGAGAUGAUAAUCUGAUAACAUUGAGUGGACUAAGCCCGUAAUAGAGGGCAAAGUAUCCAAAAAGGGCGAGAGCAAAAACUCUCGUGGCCGCCAUAACCGGCGCCUGCUCAAAGUGAGUUGUCGUGACGCAAAUAGUUCAAGGUCGUGACCGAAAGGCCUCCCGCCAUGGCUGACGAACACCAAGAUGUUGGUACAGCAUAUUGGGUCACGAUGACUGUGAUCCUGACCCUGGGAGUUAUCGUGAAUAUUGCAGCGCUAUGGAUAUGUUUUCGGCCCGAGAACCGCAAAAAAGAAAUAACACCGCUGAUAGCUAACAUCGCGGUCGCAGACCUGAUUCUAAUAACCUGCGGUCACACUUCUACACAUCUGCGCGGCGCAGCCUUACAAAGGAACGAACCGCCGUGCAUGUGGAUUGCGAUUCUCAACGGGAUUGUUGGCAUAGUGACAAUAGUUACCAUGGCAUCGAUCAAUAUACUUCUUCUCCGUAAAAUGCAGUCUGUCGUAAUGGUGAAUCUGCCUGCCUGCCGCAUGGCCGCGCUCAUAGCUUGUAUCUGGGGGUACUCUAUAAGCGUCAUGUCCACACCCCUCUUAGGGUGGGGAAGCUUUUAUCCUGGUAAAUCAAGUGCUAACUGCGAGCCCGAGUGGACGUCACGUGGCCUCGGGGAUAUUUCCUACAAUGUGACCCUUCUUGUUACGGCCUUUGUCUUCCCGAUGGCAGUCAUCAUCUACACAUUCUAUCGGAUUAAAAGGCGACUGCGUAACGAGAUCCCCACGGCAUUCCCUCAAGGAAGACGGCGCAUGUACACCACCCUGUCACGCAUGAUGGUCGGGGUCACGGUCGCCUUUACACUCAGCUGGUCUCCUUAUGCCAUCCUGUCAGUUAUCUCCAUGGUGACAGGACGCCCAAUCAUUCACGUCGUCCCCUCCCUGAUGGCUAAGUCUUCAGUGAUGUACACUCCCAUCGUGUACAUCGCCUUUAGCAGAAGUUUUAGGUCCGCGGUGAAUGCAUUGUACUCAUUGUUGACAAGAACCAAAAUGCGUCCUAUCGUCAUCAAAAGUCCAGCUGUGAUCUACAGAGUCCGUGAGGCCAAAAUCGAGUACGUCUCGCAUGUCUCUAAUCCCUUAGUGUUACCCGCGCACGCUUCACGGGAUUGAGAGUCGAUCGGGAGCACGUAGGGAAAAGUUGGAUCGCACAGAAAUAGAAGUAGUUGAUGCACGUUGAGAGGAAUAGAAAUAGGUCGCUCAAAGUUAGAAAUAUCCAUCCUCAAACACCUGAACUGGUUUUCGCAUGAGAGAUAACAAUGGAUUGCUCACAUGUAACGAGAGAUGGCAAACGAUUUCGCACUUGCGUGAGAAAUAGCACCAAUUUGCGCACACGAAGGAGAGGACUACAUUGGAGUGCACUGACGCACGAAGUAAUAGCAACAGAUUGCGCACACAAAAGGAGGGAUUGCACAGGAUUGAGCAGACUUGGGGAGUAUGGCAACAGACUGCGCACACAAAGCAAGAAAAUCCAAUAUAUUGUGCACUCCUCGUAGGGAGAAAUUGCAAUAUACCCCGCUACCCCUACAUUGCUAAGAAAACAUCUGGGACCACAUUGGCAAAAAAAAUUGUAUUCAAAAUUCAAACGCCAUUGUGAACAGACAAGCAACAAGCCGAGACCGUAUGGGUCGUCGUAUAACUUUUAAUCUAACAGCUCAUUUGCAAGGCAACUCGGAAAAAAAACAUUCUCGACUUUCUGAAAAGCUCCACUGCUCUGGCACUAGCUUCCGCAUUCUCAAAUUUCCGAACAGUUUUUUACGUCAUUGUUUGGUGGGAAUCGGUUAACAGGCAGGACGCAUAUCUAUGUGCUGCUCUGAAGUCUUGCAUUCAUUCUUAUGUUAACUGCAAUCUUUGUCCACAUUGCGGUCGUCGCUUUGCCGUUGUAAUGAUAGUGUUGCUAGGGGUGCCCUUGUACAGCGAUCGCCUGAGGUACUCACUCUAUGUCUUCUACGCAAUAUCUUCCUAACCUCUUUUCUAAACUCCUCACUCGAGGCACUGUACAAAAUGGGGUUGAUAGCACUUGCUGAUAUAAACAUAUAGGAAGCAACCACGUAGAAAGGCUGCGAGAACUGAUCGUGAAUAGCCUUCAUAAUUGAUACGGUCGAAAACGGAGUCACUCGAAGCGUGAACACAGCUACAAGGAAAAAUAACGUCCGUGUACUUUUUAUCUCUUGAGCCUGAACUUGUGAAUCUGCCACUAGAAGGUUGUGUUUGCGGAUGUGUCGCCAGAUUUUGAAGUAACAAACGCAAGUGAUAUUCCAUGGAAGGAACAUGAAAACAGUGGACAUCGUUCCAUAAUGAUAAUAGAUCAACUUAUUGUGGUCAAGCGUACAAGUGAAUAACCCUGGAUGGAACUUGAACUGUAAUGUAAUCAUGAAAGAAGUGACUCCCAAAAGAGUGAAGAAUAAGGAUACGCCGACUUUUUGUACAAAUUCUGUCGCACCACCUUGCAGUAUCGGCUCGCCGCUAUCAAAGCAAACAGGAACACACUUUCUAUUCCGUAACUAUAAAUAAUAAAACCUAUAACCUGGCAAGUAAUGGGGCCAAAAUUCCAUGCCCCGGAAAUGGCUACAUAGGAGAUGAAACUGAAUGCUAACAAGACUACAAUUAUUUCUAUGAAAGCUAAGCUGAAGAUGUAGAUAUUUGAGGGUGUCUGAAGACGUCUGUUCCUUGCUGCGAAUAGCACAACAACAUUUCCCACAAGUGCUAUCAAGUUUAUACUGAAAGACACCACGCUUUCUAUUAUAACUGUUGUCUUAUCUCUGUUCUGAAGCUUUUGAAACAUCAGUUUUUCCAUGACUAAGGGUGAAAGCUCGAUAGAUAGAAAGCUUUGUAUAUAAGCGGACACAGGUGUUAUGGCACGCCUCGCUAAUUUCCAUGGUAUUUAAAUUAAUAAUAGUGGAAGUGAAAUUGGUUUUUCGUUAGAAUAAUAGCGGUGUCUUUUCUAUAGCGGUGUCUAUCCUGCGCCAAUUAUUACGUUGCCAUUUUUACAAUACGUCGUGUUUGACCUCUAAGAGCGAUAUCGCAAAUAAGACAGAAGCAGUUUGCUAAAAAAUUGCUGCCAUAGCCACUUAGAAAUUAAAAGCCCUUGCGAAAAAAAAUGAUAUGUUGCGAAAAAAGAAUAAAAAAAAUUGUAAGAACUCUGCAAGUGCA